AUGUUCUCCUUCUUCCGCACCCUCAACGUCCCCCGCGCAGAGUACGUCUCCCUCGCGCGCGCCGGCGAGGGCGACUCUGGCGAGGACGACGCGCUCCUCUCGACCCCGCGCUCCGCGUCCCCAGGGAUCCACAAGCGCUUCCCCACCUACCACGUCCCCGGCCUCGGCCUCAAGUCGUACAUCCUCAUCGGCCUCCUCGCGUCCCUCCUCAUGCUCAACGUCUCCCUCCUCCCCUUCACCCUCUCCCGCGCCGCAGUGUCCGAGGCCGCCCUCCGCCGCCUCCCGUACCCCGACCAGCGCCUCGGCCUCGAGCGCGCCGCAAAGGCGAUGCCGCGCCCCAAGGCGUACGCGUACCAGUGGCCAGACAAGAUCGCGCGCCUCAGCCAGAAGCUCAAGCACUCCGUCUACGGCGCAGGCUCCCAGGUCACGAUCACCGUCGAGGACACGACGCUCAUGCGCUUCCCGGUCCCCGAAACCGGGUCUGACAGGUGCGCCAUCAUGUGGACCCCGCCGCCCCCGCUCGGCGUGCGCAAGCAGGACCUCACGACCAAAGGCGACGUCACCGAGAUCGAGGUCUGGUCCGUGAUCGCGCCGCACGGCGCCGCGCCCAGCGCGGGCAUGGCCUCGGUCGACGACAUGGACUGGGACGCGCUCUCCUGGGCGACGCGCCCCGUGCGCGGAGAACUCCUGGGCACGCUCGACCUCACCGCGCGGCCCAACGCGACGACGGUCGAGUUCGCGUGCCCGAUGCCCGCGAUGCACGGCCACGGCGGCGGGGGCGGGCCUGCGCGCUUGACGGUCGAGCUGCGGUGCCUGCGCGUCGCGUGCUACGUCGAGUUCAUGCAGGUGCCGUUCUUCCCGAAGAUGGGUGAGUGUUGUGUUGGUGUUCUGGUUUCGGGCGUGGGUGCGGUGCGGUGCUGA